GGUGGAGGGAUUACGUACCCGGCAAUGUAUAAAUGACACAGCCCUUUGUUUGCGAUAACAGACUCGUUUCCUGAAGAUUGAAGAGCAGCGUCGUUGAUCAUUUGUUUCAUCAAGAUGCAGAUCUUUGUGAAGACCUUAACUGGUAAGACCAUCACCCUCGAGGUUGAGCCCAGUGACACCAUCGAGAACGUCAAGGCCAAGAUCCAGGACAAGGAGGGCAUCCCCCCAGACCAGCAGCGUCUGAUCUUUGCCGGCAAGCAGCUGGAAGAUGGCCGCACCCUGUCCGACUACAACAUCCAGAAGGAGUCCACCCUCCAUCUUGUGCUCCGUCUGAGGGGGAGGUCAGAUCCGUUAAAAACCCUGACUGGUAAGACCAUCACCCUCGAGGUUGAGCCCAGUGACACCAUCGAGAACGUCAAGGCCAAGAUCCAGGACAAGGAGGGCAUCCCCCCAGACCAGCAGCGUCUGAUCUUUGCCGGCAAGCAGCUGGAAGAUGGCCGCACCCUGUCCGACUACAACAUCCAGAAGGAGUCCACCCUCCAUCUUGUGCUCCGUCUGAGGGGAGGUAUGCAGAUCUUCGUUAAAACCCUGACUGGUAAGACCAUCACCCUCGAGGUUGAGCCCAGUGACACCAUCGAGAACGUCAAGGCCAAGAUCCAGGACAAGGAGGGCAUCCCCCCAGACCAGCAGCGUCUGAUCUUUGCCGGCAAGCAGCUGGAAGAUGGCCGCACAUACAACAUCCAGAAGGAGUCCACCCUCCAUCUUGUGCUCCGUCUGAGGGGAGGUAUGCAGAUCUUCGUUAAAACCCUGACUGGUAAGACCAUCACCCUCGAGGUUGAGCCCAGUGACACCAUCGAGAACGUCAAGGCCAAGAUCCAGGACAAGGAGGGCAUCCCCCCAGACCAGCAGCGUCUGAUCUUUGCCGGCAAGCAGCUGGAAGAUGGCCGCACCCUGUCCGACUACAACAUCCAGAAGGAGUCCACCCUCCAUCUUGUGCUCCGUCUGAGGGGAGGUAUGCAGAUCUUCGUUAAAACCCUGACUGGUAAGACCAUCACCCUCGAGGUUGAGCCCAGUGACACCAUCGAGAACGUCAAGGCCAAGAUCCAGGACAAGGAGGGCAUCCCCCCAGACCAGCAGCGUCUGAUCUUUGCCGGCAAGCAGCUGGAAGAUGGCCGCACCCUGUCCGACUACAACAUCCAGAAGGAGUCCACCCUCCAUCUUGUGCUCCGUCUGAGGGGAGGUAUGCAGAUCUUCGUUAAAACCCUGACUGGUAAGACCAUCACCCUCGAGGUUGAGCCCAGUGACAAUCGACGUCCCAAGAUCCAGGACAAGGAGGGCAUCCCCCAGACCAGCAGCCUGAUCUUUGCCGGCAAGCAGCUGGAAGAUGGCCGCACCCUGUCCGACUACAAUGAAGCCACCCUCCAUCUUGUGCUCCGUCUGAGGGGAGACUUCGUUAAAACCCUGACUGGUAAGACCAUCACCCUCGAGGUUGAGCCCAGUGACACCAUCGAGAGCAAGGCCAAGAUCCAGGACAAGGAGGGCAUCCCCCCAGACCAGCAGCGUCUGAUCUUUGCCGGCAAGCAGCUGGAAGAUGGCCGCACCCUGUCCGACUACAACAUCCAGAAGGAGUCCACCCUCCAUCUUGUGCUCCGUCUGAGGGGAGGUAUGCAGAUCUUCGUUAAAACCCUGACUGGUAAGACCAUCACCCUCGAGGUUGAGCCCAGUGACACCAUCGAGAACGUCAAGGCCAAGAUCCAGGACAAGGAGGGCAUCCCCCCAGACCAGCAGCGUCUGAUCUUUGCCGGCAAGCAGCUGGAAGAUGGCCGCACCCUGUCCGACUACAACAUCCAGAAGGAGUCCACCCUUCACCUGGUCCUGCGUCUUCGUGGAGGCAACUAGUUCUACUCUAACAAUGUCACAUCUUAACCCCAAUUUCCCUCAUCCCAAAUUCCCUCCUAACCUCCAACCCCACCUUUUGACCUCACUCCAAUCCCACCCCUGACUUCCCCUCCACCCUAAUCCCCAGCUCUUAAAAAAAAAAAAAAAAAAAUCAAUAAA